UGUCCACGUCAAAUCUGUCAGCAGAGCAGAGUUGAUAAUGGCUGCAGUUGAGGUGGCACUUUUAGGUCUUCAGGCUGCUAAACUCUCCCACUUAUGACUGAAACUUUCCGCAGACAACAGCGACUCCAGCAGAAAUCGAAAUAUAAAAGUAAUAGCUGUGUUAUUCUGCUAUAAUGUCUCGUAACUCGCUUGUCCUCCCAGAUUCCUUCAGGCGACCGAGCAGCUGUUGUUAGCCGGGUUUAGUGCUUGCUAAGUGAGCGUCUGUCAGGAGUGAAGCCGCCGCGUUUCAGACCCAAACAARUGGAUACACCACCGGUGUAAAUGUCAAGCAGAGUUUAUAGUUUAGCUUACAUGUCCGCACCGUCCUCGUCGUAUUUCAGCUCAAACCGUGGCUAGCUGUCCGGCGUCCCUCGGACUGGUUUUGUUUUUGUUUGGUUCUCAGCCUCUCCGAGGAUGUCUUCCUGGCUGGGUGGACUGGGCUCCGGCCUCGGCCAGUCUCUGGGACAGGUCGGGGGCAGCCUGUCAUCGUUCACUGGGCAGAUAUCAAACUUCACCAAAGACAUGCUACUCGAAGGAGUGGAAGAAGUCGGAGAUGCUACCACAGAAUUACACGUGUCCAAUUCCAAGUUGGCUGAAGUGGAAACUGCGUUUUCCACUCAAAAAUCAGAGCAUGAGAGGCUGAAGAAACUUCACGCAGAGCUGGAGGAGAAGCUGGAGGCCUCAGAGAUCCAGAUUAAACAACAGUCUGCAGAAUACAGAACCCUCCUGCAACAGAAAGACGUGGAGAUCAGCCACCUAAAGGCUCGACAAAGCGGCCUUCAGGAAGAAGUCCAGAAGCUGCAGCGGUCGGCGCAGUCGUCCGCCUCAUCUCCAGCGGUGCUGCCGGUGACCACCGCCUCCCUGACCGCCACCUCCUCCUCUCCUUCCACCUUCCUGACGCGCCCCACAGAGCCUCAUCACGGCUUCCAUGGCGAUGAAAUGGAUAUCAGCGACGUCCUUUGGUCGCAGCAGGAAAUCAACAGGCUGUCCACAGAAGUGAUGCGUCUGGAGGCGGAGGCGGCGCACUGGAGGAGAAUGUCGCAGGCAUCAACAACCUCAGGAACUGGUAAUGGUGACCAGGGGGAGAUUCUCAAACUACAAAGAACUAUUAAGGAGUUACGGGACGAAAUGAGUCGAGAGGUGGAUGAGCAUCAGCAUGAGCUGGCGGCUCUGCAGGACGCCCAGCGGCAGAAGCUGGCGGAUGUUACGCGCCGCCACAGAGAGGAGCUGGCAGAGUAUGAGGAGAGGAUCGAGGAGCUGGAGGAGCAGAUUCACAGCGGGGACGGUCAGGUCAGCUCCCCCACGGAUUCCUCCAAACUGCCUGAGCUCCAGAGAAACGUCCAGACUCUGCAGGAAGCAGCGGAGCUGCGCGAGAAGCAGCUGGCCGAGCUGUCGGCCUGUCUGGAGGACGCGCGGAGGAGCCAGGCCUCCCUGCAGCAGGAGAGGGACGACGCCCUGGAGGAGAACGCGGGGCUGCUGCAGAACUACUCGCGCCUGCAGGCGUCCGUGGCUGAGCUGCAGACACGAGUCCAGGAGCAGGAGGGGAAGGCUCUGCAAAAAACCCAGUUCGAGCACGAGAUUCAGACUCUUAGAAAUAACUUAGCAGCUUCAGAAAAAGAAAUAGAGAGACUCAAGCACCUUUCCGAGGCAGAGCCGAGAGAAGAGGUUGAACAUGCAGACAUCUUAGAACUGAACACUAUUAUAGGGAUGUUGAGGCAAGAAAAGGAAGUCCUGGAACACGAAAAGCUUGAGCUGCAGCACAGACUGAUGGUAGCAGAGGAGCRAAUGGUUUGCAGAAAUGCAUCGCCGAUGGAGUCUGGUGAGGCGGAGUCCCUGGAGGACCUGAAGGCGGAGCUGGAGAGGAGAGAGAAAGUCCUGAGAGCCGUCGAGGAGGAGCGGGACACCCUUGUGUCAGAGCUGGAGGAGUUGGACCGACAGAACCAGGAAGCAACACAGCAUUUGAUCGCCGCAAAGGAGCAGCUCUCUGGCCAGUUGAAGGAAGCCGAGACAGAGCUGAUCAGAACGACCGCAGAGCUCAACGCCACCAAGGACCAGAAAGUAGCGCUGGAGCGAGAGCUGGAGGCCCAAAAAGAGAAAACCAGCCAAAGCGCGUUCACCCUCAACGACCUCCACAUGGGCAAACAGCAGCUGGAGCAGAGAGUGAAGGAACUGAAAGACGCGUUGGGACGUGCGAACGAGCAGAGUCGGGAAGCGAGGCGAGAAGUGGCCGAGCUGAAGAAGACCCUGCAGGAACGAGAGGAGCAGCUAGCCGCUGCUAAGGCAGAGACGGCUCAAGGAGGAGAGAGGCGGGCGGAGGAGGAGCUGGCAGGGAAGGAGAGGGAGCUGUCAGACCUCCGGAGAGAAAUGGAUGAAAUGAGGAGCUCCUACGACAAGGGGAUGUCUGAAGAGUAUGAGGUGAAGAUGGCGAACCGGAGGUUGAAGGACGAGCAUGAAAACGCUUUGAGGAAGUUAGAGGAGCUAAGCAAGCAGCUCAAAGAAAACCAGGCCACUCUGAACAGGACGACAAGGGAGAAGGACACUCGUAUUGAAGCGCUCAAGCUGGAGAAGAACCAACUCGAACUGGAGCUGUCGCAGGCUGAGAGAGCGCUGUCGGAGCAGGCGAAACAGUACCAGCAGACCGUCGAGGAGCUGACCCGAGCCAGGUCCAUGGACGCCUCGGCUUUGCAAACCGAGCACGAGUCGGCCAUCAAGCUGAACCAGGAGAAAGACCUGGAGAUCGCCAAGCUGAGGCGAGACGUGGAGCAGCUGGCGUCGGACCACAGAGACACCAACGAGAUGCUCUCCAUCACCGUCGCAGGACAGAAGCAGCUGACGGACUUGCUGCAAGAGAAGGACGUCUUUGUGGAAACCUUGAAACAGAACGCAGCAGAUCUACAGAGAGAGAUGGAGAACAGGGUGUCGGCCAUGACCAAAGAGGUGGACGUGCUCAAACAAGUGGUGGAGGAAAAGGACAAGCAGCUGGGAGGGAUGAAGGAGGAGAACAGUCAUCUGAAAGAAGAGAUCGAUCGGCUGAGGGAUCAGCAGAGCAGACCGCAACCGCUGGCCGAACCCAAGACUCUGGACAUCAUCACUGAGCUGGAGACGGAGAUCGCCCAGCUGAAGUCGUCCAGGAACGCGCUGGAAGACGAAGUCCAGUCGCUGAAGAGAACCUCGGAGGAGCAGCAGGCAUCUCUGCAGGUGCAGCGGAGCGAGCUGGAACAGGCCGCCGUCCGCCACCAGCAGACGGCGCUCGACUAYGACAGACUCAUCCAAGCCAAAGACGAAGAGAUAACCUGCCUCCAGCAGAGUGUGGACCAGGGCCGCCUCCUGGCAUUCCAGGGAGACGUCAUCCUCCAGGAGGACAAGACACGGUCUCUCAAUCGGGACAACGGAAACGAGAAGCACGACCUGUCCAAGGCCGAGAUAGAGAAACUGGUCCGCGGCAUCGAGGAGAAAGAAACCGAGAUCGUCCAGCUGAACGAGAAGAACCUCUCGCUCACCAGGCAGCUGGAACAGUUGGCGUUCUCUCGCGACGAAGUGGGCAAGCUCUCCCAAAUGAUCCGGCAGAAAGACCUGGAGAUCCAAGCGCUCCACGCCCGGGUCUCGUCGGGUCAGGACGUCCUCUACCUCCAGCAGCAGCUGCAGGCAUUCGCCGUGGAGCGGGAGCAGAUGCUGGCUGUGCUCAAUGAGAAGACAAGGGAGAACGGCCAGCUGCGGUCCGACUACCACCGCCUGGUGGACGUGGUGGCGGCUAAAGAAGCUGCCCUGGUGAGGCUCCAGCAGGAGAACCAGCGGCUCUCCGACGCAAGCGACCCAUCAGGGAGCCAGGAGAUGUUCAAGGAGACCAUCCAGAACCUGUCCCGCAUCAUCAGGGAGAAGGACAUCGAGAUCGACGCUUUAACUCAGAAGUGCCAGACCUUGGUGACCGUCUUGCAGUCGACAGGARGCGAGGCCGGCGCCGUGUCCGGCGGCGUCAGCAGCAACCAGUUCGAGGAGCUCCUUCAGGAGAGGGACACGCUGAAGCAGCAGGUGAAGAAGAUGGAGGAGUGGAAGCAGCAGGUGAUCACCACGGUCAAGAACAUGCAGCACGAGUCGGCACAGCUGCACGAGGAGCUGAUCAAGCUGCAGGGCCAGGUGUCCGCCGACAGCGACUGCAGCUCCAAGCUGUCCGUCGACUACGCCCGACUGAUCCAGAGCUACGAGCAGAAGGAGAAGAGGCUGGGAGGUUUGAGUGUGGAGCUGGCGCAGGUGCAGCAGACCAUCAGUCAGCUCAGCAACACCAAGGACGUGCUCUUGGGGAAACUGGACAGCGUUGCGCAGACUCCCGAGGCCACAGCUGUGACCGCCCAAUCGAGCGGUCUCAAUCUAAUGGCCGAGCCCCAAACCCAACAGACCGCCGAAGUUCUGCAAGCGCAGCUGGCCGAGAAGGAAAACCUAAUCAGGACCCUUCAGGAGAACAACCACCGGCUCUCUGACGUGGCGUCCGCCUCAGAGAGCGAGCAGAGGAGUCAGGCCGAGAAGGUCCGCCAGGUCCGGGACAAACUGGAGUCCCUGCAGAGGUCAGUGAGGGAGAAAGACCUGCUCAUAAAAACCAAAGGAGACCAGCUGAGCCAAGUGAGCGAGGCGCUGCGCAACCGCGAGAACGACAACGAGGUACUGAAGCAGGCCGUGACCAACCUGAAGGAGCGGGCGCUCAUCUUGGAGCUGGACGCCAGGAAGCUGAAGGAGGAGAACGAGCAGGUGGCGGCGCGCUCCCGGGAGAAGGAGUCGGAGUUCAGGGCUCUGCAGGAAACAAACAUGCAGGUUUCGCUUCUGCUCAGAGAGAAGGAGUUUGAGCUGAGCGCCGUAAGCGAGAAGGCCGCCACGAUGGAGCGGAUGCUCAAAGACAAAGAGUUGGGUAAAUCCGGUGAACUGAAUCAGCUUCUGAACGAACUGAAGUCCAUGCAGGAGAAAGCAGUGAUGUUCCAGCAGGAGAGGGAUCAGAUGAUGAUGGCGCUGAAGCAGAAGCAAAUGGAGAGCACAGCUCUGCAGUCUGAGCUGCAGCACACGAGGGAUAAAGAGCAGCGGCUCAACCUGGAGCUGGAGAGGCUGCGCAACCACCUGCUGGAGAUCGAAGACUCCUACACCCGGGAAGCCCUCGCCGCGGAGGACCGGGAGACGGAGCUGCGCAGGCGGGUGGCGCUGCUGGAUGACAAACUGGCCACGUCGUCGAAUGCCGUGGAAAAUGCCAGCCAACAGGCCAGCAUGCAGGUGGAGUCUCUCCAGGAACAGCUGAGCAAUGUGGUGAAGCAGAGGGACGACGCACUUUUACAACUCAGAACCUCUCAGGAACAAGUCAGGCAGUACGCAGUGUCGCUCUCAAACCUGCAGAUGGUGCUAGAGCAGUUCCAGCAAGAGGAGAAGGCCAUGUACUCGGCAGAGCUGGAGAAGCACAAAAAGGAGAAGGACGAGUGGAAGAGAAAAGCUCUCCUGCUUGAAGACCAAGCAUCUGCCCUGCAGCUGAACCUGGACGAAGCCAACGGCGCUCUGGAUUCAGCGUCUCGCCUCACAGAUCAGAUCGAUCAGAAAGAGGAGCAAAUCGAAGAGCUAAAGAAGCAAGUGGAUGUGAGGCAGGAGAUGCUGGAGGAGGCACAAAAGAAACUCAUGAACCUUCUCAACAGCACCGAAGGAAAGAUAGACAAGGUUCUGAUGCGCAACCUGUUUUUGGGCUACUUCCACACGCCUAAAACGAAGCGCGCCGAUGUGCUGAGGCUCAUGGGAAGUGUGUUGGGACUGAGCCGAGAACAAGUUGAUCAGGUCAGAGGUCGACCUUUACUCAUUUCAGCCCRGUGGGCGGCUGGUCUUUUACAUUUCGAYUCGAAGGCAAUCCCGCUGACUCCCUCGCCACCACAGUCUUUCUCCGAGAUGUUUGUGAAGUUCCUGGAGAUGGAGUCGACCCCGUCGCUCCCGACGCCGAGGCUCCCGGUCUAUGACAUCAAGCCUCUGAGCGCACCGCCUUCUGGGAGAGCUGGUGGCUCUUCUUCAGGCUCCGCGGGAGCUGCGGCUGGCGUCAGGAGACCCGGUGAAUCCAACCCRUUCCUGGCUCCUCGUUCCGCCGCGGUGCCGCUGGUGGCCGGUUCUGGCCCCGCCGGCUCUGGAGGUCACCUGCUGAUGAAGCCCAUCACCGACGCUCUGCCCACCUUCACCCCUGUGCCUGUCUCAGCCGAGGCUAGCGCCGGAGCCGUGCUCAAAGACUUGCUAAAGCAGUGACCGGGGCGGCCCCCCCCGCUACAAAUGCCACACAGAUGUCUUAAUUUAUCCAACAUGAGUUCAGCACUAAAAGACUCAACGUUGUUGGUGCGCCUCCGCUCUCUCUUGCUGCUGUUUUCUUGCGUUGAGCAGCAAUAAACGAUCAGAUAAAAAUGUCGGAGCUUACGAUAAAGUCUGGGAAAACUUGGAAACUAAAGUAGGAGGGUUUUUUUUUUCUCUAUGCAAAAGAUGAUUUAGACUCAAUAUUAUUUUCAAGUUCAGACCCACAAAUUCACAUCUCACGCCAAAAGGAAUGAAUGAAAUUACGUUUCACGUGUGAAACASUAAACAGAGUAAAUCCUAGCAGUUCUGAGCAAAAAGUGACCUUAGAAACUCAGGAGUACAAAGCGUGGGCUGAGGCUCUGUUUGCAAGAGGAAACAUGCCCGUCGGGUUUCAUCCCCUCCAUUUGCAUUUAACUGCUUGUAUUUUCUUGUCCUGUUAGUAUUACUUCAACAAUUCAGCAAGUUUUCUUCUGAUCCUGGACGAAAACUAAAAGCUCUGGCAGCAGCACACUACAUGGAGAUUUAUGCGAGUCAGUACAUCUGCUGAAACCAUAAGGAUUUUUUUUUUCCCUCGUUGAAAGAUUUUGUGUUUUCCAGACAGCCAGACUGUGAUAUGUAAUAGGCAUAAUUAUGGCUGCUGACUGUGGUUUGUCAGAGGGUUUAGACAUACAGCACUAUUAUACAGUUACAUAUAUGUAAAUGGGCAAUGUAGGUUUCUUUAUUUCAUUUUUUUUUWUUUUUUAGUUAUAGGCACAAAAGAUGCUUUGGAAGUCAAGUGCCUGCAUUUUUGGAAAUUUGAUAGUUGUAUAAUCAGAAGUGUAAAUGGUUAAUAUAAAUAUAUAUUUACAAAAUGUAAAACAAAAAGAAGAUAAAUAAAACUGCACAUUUUUGAGGUUUUGUGUAAUCGGAUCAGCGUGCGACUGUGCCGCUCCACAUUUUUGUACAGGCAUCAAUCAGCCACUGCAGAAGGAAUGUUACAGGACAAGUCCAGGUGUGUUGAUGAAAUGUAAAAACUGUAAAUCCUGACAAGAAAGAAUUUUUUUUUCUUGGAUGUAAAAAAAAAAAUCUGAAAAGGAGAGAAAAAGAUUCAGAUUACCUUGGAGGGUCUUUGGCUAAGGUCAGUACCUGUGACUUAAUUAGGAUCUGACGUUAAAUAAAGGAGCCACUGG